AUGGGGACUACUGCCACAGGAACUGUUCAAAGUUUCAGAUGUUACAGAUGUGGAGGCCCACACAUGAUGAGAUAUUGUCCUACAAAGGACUACGUGUGUUUUAAAUGUGGGAAGGUGGGUCACAUGGAUAAGGAUUGCAAUGUAAGAAAUAAUCAAGCUAGAGGAAACCAGAAAGUGGAUCGGCCUACUGCAGCAGGUCGUGUUUUUGCUUUAACAGGUGCUGAACCUAAAACAUCAUCUGAAUUGGUAAAUGGAAAAGGCAAAGCUGAUGGUAAUGAUAUUUCUAUUCUAUUUGAUUAUGGUGCUUCACAUUCUUUUAUUUCUUAUGAAUGUGUGGCAAGGUUAAGUUUGGUUGUGAGUUCCUUGCGUGUGGAUCUAGUCGUUUCUACCCCAGCUUCGGGGUCUUUUUUGACUUCUGAGGAUUUUGAUAGAUUGUUCAUAGAAGAGAUUAAUCUUCCUACUGUUGAACAAGAGAGAUUUAUUUCUAGCGGACAGGUAGAUGGGUUGUUGAAGGGUGGAGCUCUUGGGUUUAUGAUCCUAUCUUUUAUCAGUUUAGAGAAUGAAAAGUUGUUGAAUAGUAUUGAUGUUGUUAGAGAUUUCCCAAAGGUUUUUCCGGAUGAUGUUUCGGGGUUACCACCAAAGCGAGAGUUGGAGUUUAGUAUUGAUCUUAUAUCAGGGGCGAGACCAGUGUCUAUUUCUCCUUAUAGAAUGGCACCAACAGAGUUAUCUAAAUUGAAGAAGCAGGUUUAG